UCGUAGAGAGGGAGGUUGUCCAUGCCAUAGGAAUCAUUCCAGGGAGUAAAACCCCAAAGGGAAGGAUCUAUAGGAUGGCUCCGGCCGAGUUGGAUGAACUCCGGCGACAACUGAAAGAGCUAACAGAAAAGGGAUGGAUCCGACCGAGUACUUCCCCCUUCGGAUCUCCAGUGCUAUUCGUACCGAAGAAGGGGGGUACAUUGAGGAUGUGCAUUGAUUAUAGAGGCCUCAAUGCCAUCACAGUGAAAAAUGCGGAGCCUCUACCUCGCAUAGACGACCUAUUGGAUAGGGUGCAGGGAUGUAAAUACUAUAGCAAGAUAGACUUAAAGUCCGGCUACCAUCAGAUCGCAAUAAGACCUGAGGAUCAACACAAGACCACUUUUCAGACCAGAUAUGGUCUGUAUGAGUUUGUAGUGAUGCCCUUUGGCCUUUGCAAUGCGCCGGGUACAUUCCAGCAUGCCAUGAAUAGGAUCUUCCAUGACCACUUAGAUAAGUUUUUCGUUGUCUAUCUUGACGAUAUUCUUAUCUUUAGUAAGUCUGUCGAGGAGCAUGCACAACACGUUGAGACUGUACUUUCACUCCUGCGACAACACAAGUAUAAGGUCAACCUAGAGAAAUGUGAGUUUGGACGCACUAAGAUCUUAUACUUGGGUCAUGAAGUAUCCACAGAAGGUAUUAGGCCGGAAGAUGCGAAGGUGGCUAGUAUCAGGGACUGGCCACGACCUCAGACUGUUACUAAGGUCAGAUCAUUCUUAGGAAUGUGCGGCUACUAUCGAAACUUCGUAAAGAACUAUUCCACAGUCGCCUCUCCUUUGACUGAUCUAACUCGACUUGACACUCCGUGGGACUGGAGUGAUGAGUGCGAGGCUGCCUUCAAACGAUUGAAGCAUGCACUCAUGAAUCAUGAGGUCCUUGUGGUGCCCGAUCCUCAGAAGCCUUUCAUUGUAACCAAUAACGCAAGCCAAUACAACAUUGGCGCAGUGCUGGCUCAGCAGGAUGGGAAGAAGUUGAGACCAAUUGAGUACAUGAGCAAGAAAAUGCCAUCAAAGAAAUUGGCGAAGUCCACCUACGAAAGGGAACUCUAUGCUCUCUACAAGUCACUUGUCCAUUGGAGGCACUUUUUGUUAGGACGGUUCUUCUAUUUGAGAACUGACCAUCAGACCCUUAAAUGGAUCAAGACUCAACCGGCUCUUUCUGAUGCACUCAAGCGAUGGAUUGAGGUCAUAGAUCGGUAUGAUUUCAAGCUAGAGUAUCUGAAGGGAGAGUACAACAAGGUUGCAGAUGCGCUGUCACGUAGAGCAGACUACCUAGGGGCGCUAGUUUCUGAAUUUGGUGUAUUUGAGGAACUAACUCAAUCGCUCGUAGGAGCCUAUCAGGAAGACACUGUCACAAUGGACAUCAUACGCAAACUUCAGGCAAAAGACAAGGCCACAGAAGAUGAGUUUGUGAUGUUAGGGAACAAGGGAGGAACCGAUGAGGAGAAUGGGAUGAGGGAUUUCUGUAGGAGAAUGAUGCCGGAGGAGAGGGAGGAAGACGAACGACGUGCGAAGGAGGCUGAGGAGAACAGGAGGAGGGAGGAGGAGGAAAGGAGGGAGAAUGAGAAACUGAGGGAGGCUGAGGCCAGGGAGCGGCAGAAUUGGAGGACGACAGCGAAAAAGUGAGAGAGGAAGCGGAGAGACUCGUCGAGGCACUUGAGAACGGAAGAAGAGGGAGGAAGAAGACGACCAUCCCCCCAGCAGAAGAUGCAAGGAAGAAAAAGCGCGCUUUACCAAAAGGGAGAGACAAAGGAAAACAGAAAGAAGGAGAGGAGGAACCGGCGACUCCACAAAAGAAACCCUUCGCUGCGUCAUGUUCGAGCGCUGGUGUAGUUCAGUAUACUCUGGCACAAACCAAGUUACUCAACAGCUUGAAAGCACACGAGAUUCGCAAGCUCUGCGAC